AUGCGGGGUCAUCAAGUCCUAUGGGUUCCUGGCACUGACCAUGCAGGCAUUGCCACCCAGAUGGUAGUGGAAAAGCACCUGUGGAAGAAGAAGAAAACAAAAUUGGACAUUGGACGAGAGAAGUUUCUGGAAGAAGUCUGGAAGUGGAAGAAUGAAAAAGGCAGCAGGAUUUCUGAACAGAUGAGACGACUUGGGGCUUCUCUUGAUUGGUCUCGUGAAUAUUUCACAAUGGAUGAGAAAUUAUCUAAAGCUGUUGUGGAAGCUUUUGUCCGUUUCCAUGAAGAAGGUUUGAUCUACAGAAGUAAUCGCUUGGUAAACUGGUCAUGUCAUCUCCAUAAUGAACAUUGUCCAUUCUUUUUCUCUUCCUCUCCUCUCUUCCUUCUCUUCCUCUAUUCCUUCUCUUCCUCUCUUCCUUCUCUUCCUCUCUUCCUCUCUUCCUUCUCUUCCUCUCUUCCUUCUCUUCCUUCUCUAUCUCUUCCUUCUCUUCCUUCUCUAUCUCUUCCUUCUCUUCCUUCUCUAUCUCUUCCUUCUCUUCCUUCUCUAUCUCUUCCUUCUCUUCCUUCUCUUCCUUCUCUAUCUCUUCCUUCUCUUCCUUCUCUAUCUCUUCCUUCUCUUCCUUCUCUAUCUCUUCCUUCUCUUCCUUCUCUAUCUCUUCCUUCUCUUCCUUCUCUAUCUCUUCCUUCUCUUCCUUCUCUAUCUCUUCCUUCUCUUCCUUCUCUAUCUCUUCCUUCUCUUCCUUCUCUUCCUCUCUAUCUCUUCCUUCUCUUCCUCUCUAUCUCUUCCUUCUCUUCCUCUCUAUCUCUUCCUUCUCUUCCUCUCUAUCUCUUCCUUCUCUUCCUCUCUAUCUCUUCCUUCUCUUCCUCUCUAUCUCUUCCCUUCUCUUCCUCUCUAUCUCUUCCUUCUCUUCCUCUCUAUCUCUUCUCUUCUCCUCUCUAUCUCUUCCUUCUCUCCUCUCUUCUUCUCUUCCUCUCCUCUCUUCCUUCUCUAUCUCGCUCUCUUCCUUCUCUCCUCUCUUCCUUCUCUAUAAGCCUAGUCUCUCUUCUUCUCUCCUCUCUUCCUUCUCUAUCUCGCUCUCUUCCUUCUCUCCUCUCUUCCUUCUCUGCUCUCUUCCUUCUCUCCUCUCUUCCUUCUCUCCUCUCUUCCUUCUCUGCUCUCUUCCUUCUCUGCUCUCUUCCUUCUCUGCUCUCUUCCUUCUCUGCUCUCUUCCUUCUCUGCUCUCUUCCUUCUCUCCUCUCUUCCUUCUCUAUCUCGCUCCCUCUCUCUCAAGAAUAA